CUCUCUCUCUCUCAACCCCAACCCAACCCCCUUAUCCAGUAGUCUUCCCCAUCUCUCUCCUUUUUCCCACAUCUAAAACUCUACCAAAGCUCCUUGUUAGGGUUCAUUUGGGUUUUGUAAAGUUCCAAUCUUUUUUGGUCUUCUCCCAAAUUUUGAAUUUUUAGUGAAACCCAAAAUUCCAAAGCUGUCUGGGAUCUUAUCCUCCCUCUCCCUCUUUCUCUCUCUCAUAAGGUUGCAGUGAGAUAUACUCAGCAGAGUUGUGGUCUGUCUGAGAAGCUAUUUUCAGUUGGAUUCAUAUACAGAUUUGCUGGAGGUUAGGUAAUUGAUAAGUUUAAUUACAAGACAAGAAAAGAGAGAUUGUUGAAACUUGAAAGCAUGGGUUACAUGUGCGAUUUCUGUGGGGAUCAAAGGUCCAUGGUGUAUUGCCGGUCUGAUGCUGCUUGCUUAUGUCUAUCUUGUGAUCGAAAUGUGCACUCUGCUAAUGCUUUGUCGAGACGUCACUCGAGAACACUGCUCUGUGAAAGAUGCAAUUUACAACCAGCAUUAGUUAGAUGUACAGAAGAGAGAGUGUCGCUUUGUCAGAAUUGUGAUUGGAUGGGCCAUGGUGCAUCUACUUCAGCUGCAUCACACAAGAGGCAAACACUCAAUUGUUACUCUGGCUGCCCGUCAGCUUCCGAACUGUCGUCUAUCUGGUCAUUCGUGCUAGAGUUGCCUUCUGCCGCAGCCAUGAGUGAAUCUGCUUGCGAGCAGGAAAUGGGAUUAAUGAGCAUCGCCGAAAACAGCACUGGAAGUGCUUGGAGCCCCCAAGAAAAUAACAACAGAGAGAAUGCAUCUGAGACAUUGGAAGUCAAUGACGUCAGUCCCAUGGAUAAGUCUGAUAGUUUAGUUGGUUCCUCUGCAGUGCCUCCAAUUAACGCAGCUCCUCCGGCUGUUGGUCAGAUGACUGGAUCUGCAAAUUCAAUAUUGCCCAAGUUAAACUGUCACGGAAGCCCUGGGCUCUGUGACGAUGAUGACCUUUAUGGCGAUUUUGAUAUGGAUGAAAUGGAUCUGAAUCUUGAAAAUUAUGACGAACUAUUUGGUGUAUCUCUGAAUCACUCUGAAGAGCUUUUCAAAAAUGGCGGGAUUGACAGUUUGUUUGGAGGAAAGUACAUGUCCAGGGCUCAAGAAUUAAUUGCCGCCGAGGGAUCGUCAAUUGGACGAGUAAAUGCAUUGCAGCAGCCAGCAUGCAGUACCGCGGCAUCUGCGGAUUCUGUAAUGAGUACAAAAACUGAACCAAUUGUUUCUUUUGUGCCAAAGCAAGCACAAUCAAACCUUUCAUUUUCGGGUGUCACCGGAGAGAGUAGUCAGGGAGAUUGUCAAGAUUGUGGGGCUUCCUCGAUGCUACUCAUGGGAGAGCCUCCAUGGUGUCCUCCAGGCCCUGAGAGCUCCUUCCAAUCUGCUAACCGAAGUAAUGCUGUUAUGCGUUACAAAGAAAAGAAGAAAGCGCGCAAGUUUGAGAAAAGAGUGAGGUAUGCUUCUCGCAAAGCAAGAGCAGAUGUAAGAAAACGUGUGAAAGGGCGGUUUAUUAAAGCUGGCGAAGCUUAUGAUUAUGACCCUUUGAACCAGACCAGAACCAGAAGCUACUGAACUAGCUAUUUGAUUGUGUGAAAGGAGCGUCAGCUCAUUGGGAAAGAAGGGUGGUUACUAAAAGAACGAAGAAAACAGGUUCAGAUGCUUCACCAAUAUAUAAGUUGAGAAGCCUAUUUCUGAUUCUACAUUGCCACCAUAAAGGAUGGACAGAUGAUGACAUUGUAUAGAUUGCCCUUGCCUUGAAGCUAUGAGAUUCAUUUCCUUUUAUAUUAAUCUGGGGCAAAGUUCAUCUGGCUAAAUCAUUCUCAGGAGGAAACAUAUUGGUCUUCCAUCAUAUUACUGUUGAUAAAAUCCCAGUUGUUAUAUUUUUUUUGUCCUGCUCUGAUGACCUCUUUAAAGUGGCUACCAUAGCAUUUUCGGUGGCGAACUUGUAGCCUGCUGGUGGGUAGAAAAGCCAGCAAUUGUAGACUUUCUUUUUUGUUCAUUUGACAUGCACAGGAUCGUAUGUAUGAAGUCGAGAGUUAUGAGAUCGGGCCUAAAAACAGUACUGUGUACUCUGAAGUUGUAAAUUUCUCAUAUGUUCUGUUCAUUUCACAUAAGCACAAUUUAUAAAUUGUACUUGGUUGUA